AUGGCCGCAUCUACGAUUGUAUCUGAAGAACAGGCCUCUAGGCUGGACUCGGACUCGGCAGAGCUUCUAGAUAUCAAUCCCUUGAAAGAACUUGCACGCACCUCGCUCAUUCACGCUUUGAACUCCGUCAAUGGUGCGAAGACUCUUGUGUUGGACCCUUCGUUGGCCGGUCCUCUGAGCUUGGUGACGGAGGUCUCCCUGCUUCAGCAUCAUGGGGUGGACAAGAUGUUCUGGUUAGAGAGUGGCCCCCUCUCCGCCGUCUCGACCAACAUCGUAUACCUCUGUCGUCCAAAGAUCAAAUGGGUGAAGAUCAUCGCUGAUCAUAUAAAGCGGCAUUCGAGGGAGGGGAAGACGCACACGUAUACGCUAUUACUCGUACCCCGUGUGUCGACUCUUGUCAGCAGGGUGCUGGAAGAGGAGGGUGUGCUGGGCGAUGUGACGAUUUCGUCUUAUAAUUUGCAGUUCAUCCCUCUGGCGGACGAUGUGCUUUCGUUGGAGAAUGAGCAGGCGUUCAAGGAGAUAUGGGUGGACGGGGAUGAGACGGCGGUGUACGACUCUGCACAAGCAUUGUAUACGCUGCAGAAGCUGUUUGGUAUAUUCCCUCGAAUAUUGGGCAAAGGAGACAGCGCUGCGCGUCUUGCUACCUUGCUCAACCGACAAACCUCUCAAAACGUGAACGGAGGACCCGACAGCACCAUGACCAUCUCAGACAAAUUCGACUCUCUGAUCGUGCUCGACCGAAAAGUGGACAUGAUCACCCCGCUCCUGACACAACUCACAUAUCAAGGCCUCAUCGACGAAGUCGUCGGGAUCAAGAACUCCCACGUAGAAGUCCCCGUGUCGCUCCUCAACGCGCCUGCGAACCCUCCUGGCCCUUCCACAUCGCCGUCCGCUUCUACGGCAGCAUCAACAGCGCCAGCCCACGCCCUCGCGAAGGAAAAGAAGAGGAAACAUCACUUGACGGCCGCGAACGACCCUAUUCUGGCGGAACUUCGCGAUCUGAACUUCGCGGUCGUCGGUAAGCGACUGAAUAGGAUUGCUCACAGGCUAGACGAGGAUUUCAAGGCGAGACAUAAGGCACAGAGCGUGAGCCAAUUGAAAGAUUUUGUGGGGAAAUUGGGGAGUCUGCAGACGGAGCAUCAGUCCCUUAGGCUGCACACUGGAUUGUCAGAGAUCAUUAUGCCUGUCACCCGGUCGGAAGUAUUCAACAAGUCGCUAGAGAUACAGCAGAAUCUCCUGGCUUCGUAUGAUAUUCCAGGGCAGAUCACCGCGAUCGAGGACCUGCUUGCCCAGGGCGCGGAUAUGCAGGUCGUUGUCAGACUGCUGUGUCUGGCUAGUAUAACCGCCGGUGGUAUCAAGAGCAAGGCGCUGGAUAACAUCAAGCGCGAGAUUUUGCAGACAUAUGGUUAUAAUUUCCUUCCGCUCCUGUUGUCCCUGUCUUCUCCAUCCUUGGGCAUUCUGCUCCCGAACCCCCUACCGCCUUCAGCGCCAGCCGCCCUCGUAGCCUCUAAAUACCCUUACGUCCCGCUCCGGAAGUCUCUUCGCCUUAUCAUCGAGGGCUCCGAAUCUCUAGACGAACUCGAGAACGAUAUCAGCUUCGUCUACUCCGGGUAUUCGCCCAUCAGCAUCCGUCUCGUCCAAUGCAUAGCGCAGAAAGGCGGCGUGGUAAGCAACCCGGCGAACGUCAAGGAGAAAGCGGGUACGUCGUCCGGUAGCACAAAUGGUGGUGGUGAAGGGGAUGAGAGUGCGGACAGGAAGACGGCAAAGUCGACGGUGGGAGGAAAGGUGCAGGCGCAUCCGAUCGUGGGCUGGAAAGGCUUCGAGGACGCGGUGGGCAGUAUCCCAGGCGAGACGGUGGAUAUCAUGCAGAAGGGCAUCGUGGGUGGGGAUGUGGGUGGACCGUCGCCCGUUGCAUCAAUGCCUAGGCGGGAGCAGACCUCGACGACCGUGGUGUUCUUCCUCGGUGGAUGCACGUAUACAGAGAUCGCGGCAUUACGAUGGGCGGGUCGGCAGAAUCAAGGUUCGUCGUUGGAAUUACUUCUUUGGGCCGCCGCCCUGGACCAUCCCAUCCUCUUCGUAAGCUCUGUGUUGAUGGAUUUGUCCCCGUGCGCUGGUUCGGCCGUGUCCGCACUCGUCGUCGUCUUCGGGUGUUUUCUUUUUUUGCUGCUUUGUCGCUUUCCUGAUAUAGGGAGGAAGUUCUUGAUUGCGACGACGGGGAUCGUUAGUGGGAGUAGUAUCGUCGAGGGGAUCGCGGGUGUGGGGCGGGGAGUGGCGGGCGCGGCGUCGGACGCGGUGGUGGUUUCGUGAGGACCGAGGAUGCGAGGGACUUGUUCGAGAUAUGAGCGUGAAUAUAUCCACUUUCGAGUAUUG